AUGGGAUCUGAACUUGGUGUCACGCCAGACAGCAAGCCUCGACCCAAUGUCGACUCAGUCGGCAUCUGGUGGGCUUGCUGGGCCUGCAUAUGGACAGCCAUCGUCCUGAGCGGCAUGGCCUUCCUCAUCAGCAAGCGCCACCUGCCCGCCGUGCGCAUGCGCGGUCUGGGCCUCUCUCUGACGGCCAUCGUCUUGCUGCACCUGUACUGGAUCAGUGUGCAGCUCGGCUACAUUAUCGGUAGCAUGGCCCCUCCCGACGCUGAGUACUGGAUCAUGGGCACGUACUUUCCCUUUGGCAUUGCCCUCUUCCACGCGUCCAACACCCGCUUCCUGCACGUCGCCAAGAGACAGGAGAAGUUCACGACGGAGAAGCGCGCCGGCCUGAAGCCACAGACGGGCUCUGGACUCAUCAACAAGUUCAAACGUCUCGACUACACAUCCAAGAUGAUUAUUCUAGUUGGUAGUGGCAUGCUCUUCCAGCUGUUCCUCACCAUCUUCAUGUAUUUGAUCUCGCGCAAGUUUCAUCCCUCUUUUGGUAUCCCUGGUACCCAAGUCAACGGCACGGCAAUGGAGCGCAUGGCCGCCAUGGGCCGCGGAUGGGAAUGGUGGCCGACCUGCUUCUGGCAGCUCGUAUGGGCCUGGGUCAUUGCGCCUGUUAUUCUGUGGAAGUCUCGCAACAUCCAAGAUACGCAUGGAUGGAGGUUCCAGACGAUCGGCUGCACCAUCGCCAAUCUCCAUGCUGCGCCAAUGUGGCUCAUCGCCCUGUAUGCUCCUGGCAUGGAGGCAGUGAACAAGUAUUUUAUCCCACCUCAAUGGAUCAGCCUGUCCAUUAUGCUCACGGAAAUCUUUACCAUUUUUGUCCCGUGCUGGGAGAUUGUGCGCGCCCAGAGCCUUCGAAAGGAGACACUCGACUCCAUUGCCCAGUGGGAGUCCAAGAACCGCGACCGUGUCGGCAAAGAUGCCAAGUCCCUCAGCUCCUCUGGAGAUAGCACCAUCAUCGACUCCAUCCUCACCGGCAAGAAGUCUGCGGUUGGAUCAGUCAUCUCCAACUCCGAGAGUAUCCUGACAAUGAGCGCGCUCGAAUACGUUCUUGAGCGCAACCCUGCCCCUCUGCAGCAGUUUUCUGCGCUGCGUGACUUUUCCGGCGAGAACAUCGCUUUUCUUACAAGUGUCCACGAGUGGAAAAACUCAUUUCCCAACUCUAUCCGCAACUCGCAGUUCCCCAGCGCCGACACCAACAUGCGCGAGCUCGUGCGCGAACGCUUCAAUCGCGCCCUGCGCAUCUACGCGCAGUUCGUCAGCAACCGGGACGCCGAAUUCCCCAUCAACAUCUCGUCAACUCAGCAAAAGAAGCUGGCGGCCGUUUUCGAGGGCCCGACUCGACUCCUGUACGGAGACAAGCGUAUCCCCGAUUCUGCCACACCAUUCGGUGCGCACUGGGACAAGCUGACGCCGACCGAUUCGGCAACGAACUCGUCUUCCGAGACCAUCUGUGCCGAGGAUCGUGUGCAGUUUUGGGGCGAGGUGCCGGACGACUUCAACGAAAACAUUUUUGACGAUGCCGAGAAGAGCAUCAAGUAUCUGGUACUGACAAACACGUGGCCAAAGUUUGUCCGGGAUCGUCGUGCAUCUGUCGACUCCGACGAGGAUGUGGAAACUGGCAAUGCCAUUCGGCUAGCCCGAGAACGCCACAACAACGAGUAG